AUGGAGGGGCUGAAGACGUCCAAUGAUCGAUAUGCCAUAGUGGAGAGCUACUACAUCCUGGCGCAGGCGUACGGGCACGUGCCGGACCUCUACAUCAUGUGGAUGCUGCACCUCUGUGAGGCGCACCAGGAGAUGAGCCAGUGGGCCGAGGCCGCCCAGUGUGCUGUCUCUGUGGCGGGGGUGGUCAUUCGGGGCCUGCACGCGUCCACCACGAGGGAGUGCGCGUGGGAGGCCGAACACCUGGAGCUCCUCUGGCGAGUCUGCCCUCUCGCCCGCCACCAGUGGCGCGCCCGUCCCUCGCGCCCCUCCGCCCGCCCCCGCCUCCCCAACAGCGCCUCCAAGGGCGCUGCGGGCGGGGGCAGCGCGGGCGCGGCAGCAGGGGGAGGGGAGGAGAGUGACUUUGGGGCGACGUGUCUGAACACGGACAGCGCGGUGAAGUACCUGCAGAUGGCGUCCAGCUUCUUUGCCAAGGCCGAGCUCUUCCACUUCUGCGCUGAAAUGCUCUCCCUCACCAUCCCCGUCUUCCGCUUCCGCCGCGACUUCUACCAGUUGUCCAAGUGCCACACGUCGCUCUCAGGUAUCUACGACAACGUGCUGGCUCAGGAGCAGAACCCAAUCCCCUUCAAGGACGCAACAUACUAUCGAAUCGGCUUUUAUGGGGAACGAUUUGGAUACAUUGAUGGCAGGGAGUUCAUCUACCGGGAGCCUCGGGAGGUACGGCUGGGAGACAUCAUGGAGAAGUUGAAAUCGCUCUACGACGCGCGGGAGCCGGACGAGGAGCCGCUCCACGUCAUCCAGGACUCUCGCCAGGUGGACCCCGCCACCCUCAAGCCCGGCUUCGUCUACAUGCAGAUCACUGCCGUCGAGCCUGUCGUUGGGAUCGGCGAUGACCGCUGGCUCGGCCGAACCAUCGACCCAGCCGUGGCGGGAGCUCCGGUGUUUAAUUGCUUCUUUUUUGACACGCCGUUCACACCAAAUGGGAAGCAGCAUGGGCGGAUGGAGGACCAGUGGAAGAGGCGGACGCUGGUGUACACCCAGAGCACGCUGCCGAGCCUGAUCAGCCGGCAGCCGGUGGUUCGGUCGGAGGUUCGGGAGUACUCGCCGCUGCAAUGCGCCGUGGAGAUUAUUGAAAACAGGUCGCAUGCACUAGAGAUGGAAAUGGCGAGCCAGCUGGGAGCUGCGGGAGGAGCAGGGGGAGGAAUGGGAGGAGGGGGAGGAGGGGGACGUGUGCCACAGGACCCAGCAGCAGUGACAGCACUGAUCGCAGCAGCUGCAACAGCCGGCGGGACACUACGGCUGCCCCGGAUACAGACGCUGCAGCGGUUGCUGCAAGGGAGUGUUGCGUUGCAGGUUAACAGCGGGGUGCUGGGUGUAUGUAUGGCUUUCUACGAGGCCAAUCCUCAUGGCCAGGAGCCGAGACCCAAGGACCCGUCGAAGCUUCAGUCACCGUCGGGUGUUGAGACAUUGACAGAUGCGAUCGUGCAGUUUGUGGUGGUGUGCAAGCGAGCGGUGGCGGUGCACGGGCGGGCCGUGACAGAAGAUGAUAGGGAUUUCCAGGAGCAGCUUGAGAGGAGCAUGGAGGAGCUUGAGAGGGAGAUUUCGCCUUUCAUUCCACUAGGGCAGUCGUCCUUCACGAGAAGUGCGGAAUUUGCGAGCGCCGUUAAGAUGCCGUUGAACGCAGCAAGCACCCGGAGAUCCAACGGCUGUCGGCUGUCGCUGCGUGCGGCGAUGAUGGAGACGCCGCCGGUACCGAUGAAGAGCCACGAGGAGCGAAACCUGCCGCACAUUGAGCAGAUCAAGGCGCUCUCGCUCAUAACGGCCAUCAAGACGCCGUACCUGCCGGACGGCCGCUUCGACCUGGACGCGUACGACGAGCUGGUGCACCACCAGAUCGAGAACGGUGCAGAGGGGUUGAUCGUGGGCGGGACCACGGGCGAGGGGCACCUGAUGAGCUGGGACGAGCACGUGAUGCUGAUCGCGCACUCGGUGUACUGCUUCGGGAACAAGCUCAAGAUCGUGGGCAACACGGGCAGCAACAGCACGCGCGAGGCCAUGCACGCCACGGAGCAGGGCUUCGCCGUGGGCAUGCACGCCGCGCUGCAGAUCAACCCCUACUACGGCAAGACGUCGCUGGACGGACUCCGGAGCCACUUUGAUGUGGUGCUGCCAAUGGGCCCUGCCAUUGUGUACAACGUGCCGGGCAGAACGGGGCAGGACAUUCCUCCCUCAGUCAUUGAGGCCAUUGCCACACACGAGAACUUUGCCGGGGUGAAGGAGUGUGCGGGCAACGACCGCAUCAGCGGGUACGCACAGAAGGGCAUUGUGGCGUGGAGCGGCAACGAUGACCAGUUCCAUGAUGCGAAGUGGAACCACGGCGGUCAAGGUGUCAUCUCCGUCGUCAGCAAUCUCGUUCCAGGACUCGUGACCCAGCUGCUCAAGGGCCCUAAUCCAGAGCUGAAUGCGAAAAUUGCUCCUCUAGUGAACUGGCUAUUCGUGGAGCCGAACCCCAUCGGUCUCAACACUGCACUGUGUCAGCUGGGGCUCGUGAGGCCAGUCUUCCGCCUGCCAUAUGUGCCGCUGAAUAAGGAGAGCCGGCAGAAGUUUGUGGACAUUGUACAUGAGAUUGGGUUGGAGCACUUCCCAGGGGCCAAGGAUGUUCGGGUGAUGGAGGAUGAUGAGUUCCACAUCAUCACGCGGUUCUUUGUGGAGCAGGGCGUAUUCGCGCAGUUCAUCCGCAUCAUGGCGCUGGCCAAUCAGCCGUCGCCUCAGUGCGAGGGGGUCAUGGUGCAGCUGCUGCAGACGCUCAACCUCAUGAUUCAGAACCUCAAGAGCGAAAAGGCCAUCUACUACAUGUUCAGCAAGGAGCACAUCAACAACGUCAUCUCCUUCCCCUUUGAUUUCUCCGAUGAGGAGCUGCUCGCAUACUACAUCUCCUUCCUCAAAACGCUGAGCAUGAAGCUGGACAAGUCUACCAUCUCCUACUUCAUCGUGGAAAAGGAGGAUGGCAGCAGCGCCUUCCCCCUGUACGUGGAGGCAAUCCGCUUCUUCCACCACGAGGAGAGCAUGGUCCGCAUCGCCGUGCGCACGCUCACCCUCACCAUCUACAAUGUGCAUGACGAGCGGGCCAACCGCUUUGUGCUGAGCCCAUCAGCCAUCCGGUACUUUGAGGACCUGGCCAUUUUCGUGCGCCAGCAGAGCUUCACUCUUGCUCGCCUUGUUGCCAACGCUGUCAGGAACUUUGGGUCGAUAGUGGACGUGGGGCGGGUGGAGGCGUCGAUAGCGGAGAUCGGCGAUCUACUCUACUACUGCAACGACGUCAUGAGCGCUGGAAUCCCACAGCUCUCAGAGGUGGUCUCGGAGCACCUCCUCAGCAUCUGGGUCUUCCCCGUGCUCCUCGCCUCGCUCUCCCCCGAGUCUGGCUCGCCCAAUGCUAAGCGCAUAUCACCGCUGUGCGCCAUGUACCUGCUGUCGCGUGUGCUGCAUGUGGUGACCUACCGCCCCUUCCUCGACACCGCCACUCGCUCCAUCGCCGCCUCCCUCUCCGCCAGCCCUGCUGGCUCCGACGGGGAGAAGCAGCAGGAGAAGCAGCAGGAGAAACGGCAGGAGAAGCAGCAGGAGAAGCAGCAGGAGAAACGGCAGGAGAAGCAGCAGGAGAAGCAGCAGGAGAAACGGCAGGAGAAGCAGCAGGAGAAGCAGCAGGAGAAGCAGCAGGAGAAGCAGCAGGAGAAGCAGCAGGAGAAGCAGCAGGAGAAGCAGCAGGAGAAGCAGCAGGAGAAGCAGCAGGAGAAGCAGCAGGAGAAGCAGCAGGAGAAGCAGCAGGAGAAGCAGCAGGAGAAGCAGCAGGAGAAGCAGCAGGAGAAGCAGCAGGAGAAACGGCAGGAGAAGCAGCAGGAGAAACAGCAGGAGAAACGGCAGGAGAAGCAGCAGGAGAAGCAGCAGGAGAAACGGCAGGAGAAGCAGCAGGAGAAGCAGCAGGAGAAACGGCAGGAGAAGCAGCAGGAGAAGCAGCAGGAGAAACGGCAGGAGAAGCAGCAGGAGAAGCAGCAGGAGAAGCAGCAGGAGAAGCAGCAGGAGAAGCAGCAGGAGAAGCAGCAGGAGAAGCAGCAGGAGAAGCAGCAGGAGAAGCAGCAGGAGAAGCAGCAGGAGAAGCAGCAGGAGAAGCAGCAGGAGAAGCAGCAGGAGAAGCAGCAGGAGAAGCAGCAGGAGAAGCAGCAGGAGAAGCAGCAGGAGAAGCAGCAGGAGAAGCAGCAGGAGAAGCAGCAGGAGAAGCAGCAGGAGAAGCAGCAGGAGAAGCAGCAGGAGAAGCAGCAGGAGAAGCAGCAGGAGAAGCAGCAGGAGAAGCAGCAGGAGAAGCAGCAGGAGAAGCAGCAGGAGAAGCAGCAGGAGAAGCAGCAGGAGAAGCAGCAGGAGAAGCAGCAGGAGAAGCAGCAGGAGAAGCAGCAGGAGAAACGGCAGGAGAAGCAGCAGGAGAAGCAGCAGGAGAAGCAGCAGGAGAAGCAGCAGGAGAAGCAGCAGGAGAAGCAGCAGGAGAAACGGCAGGAGAAACGGCAUGUGAGGAGGAGCAGAAGCGCAUCGAGCUCUGCGGAUUUUGGGGUUCAGGAUAGCGAGUUUGGUGUAGGGAAAGGGAGGGAAGGAGCUUCUGGUGGCGCUGGUGGUGCGGCAGCAGCAUUGGUAGGAGCAGCGGCUGCAGCGGCAGGCACAGCAACAGCAGGUCACAGGUUGUCUGAUACCCAUCACCUCUCUGCAAGGCCUCCCGUCCCCCCUCCUGCUCACCUUACAACCACUGCUUCUGCUUUUGGUGCACAAGGCAUAGUCUCCCCACCUUCUGCAGCAGCAGCAGAGGGGAGGGAUGGAGGCGCGAGUGCAGGAGGAGUGGCAGAAAGGGGAGAAUCCUCAGCAGCAGAGGGGAAGAAGGCAAAGUGGCCGUUGUCAGCAAGACGUGGAAUUGCGGACUCACUGGGUGGUUCCUUCUCAGAGAGUCUGGAUGGGCGGGAGGGCAGAGAUGGGGGCAGUGAGGAAGCAGGGGAGAGAGGAGGGGAGAGAACAGGGGACGGCAGGGAAGAUCUAGCGGCAGCAGAUGCGCCGAAUGGGUAUGUUGCUGGAAGGGAGGAGGCAGAAAGCAAGCAGGGGGAAGAUAAGAAUCGUGGGGAGGAUGGGAAUCGCAGUGGUGGUAGGAGCGGUGUUGUGCGGUCAGCAUCGGCACGAGACAGGCCGGCUCUGUCGGCGCGCAGGCACCUCAGGACCCAGAGCAGUGGCAGCAGCAGGAGUCUUACCGACUCGCCCCAGCGCAUCAAGAGCUCAGACUCCCCACAGCAAAUGAAGAGCCUGGACUCUCCGCAGCUGAAUGAGAGCUCGGAUGCGGUUCAGAGGAGCUUCAGCUCGCCCCUCAGGAGCUCCCCGUACAGGAAGCAGCGCCAUGCGUCUGACACCAUUAUCCUGGACCUCGACCCCACCGCCAGCGCCUGGGACACGAUAGUGUCAUACCUGCUGUGCAACAAUGAGCGGUGGGUGCUGGCGUCGCUCUGUGUGCUCUGCGGUCUGCUGCAGAACACAGCGGUGCACGACUCGUUACUGGAGGAGCUGGGCAUGCUGCCGUGCAACCGCCGCCACCGACGACUCCUCGUGGAGGCAUUGGUGGGUAACCAAUCAGAGGAGCAGCUGAAGCGGCUGCUGAGGCGGCAGGACAGUGAUGCAGUGGAGGGGGGUGAGCAGGCAGAAGCAGGAGGGGGUGGAGGGGGAGCAGGAGGAGGAGCAGAGGCGGGCAGGGAGGCUGAUAGGCUGUCGCAUGCAGCAGCAGAAGCACCGUUGGGAUCAGGAGCAGAUACAGCUGUAGCACCAGCACCGGCAGCAGGUUCUGAUGCCAGCUCAGCAUCGGGAUUAUCUGUAGUAGACAGGACGGAAUUGAGGGGUGACAGUAGCGGGGGUGAGUGUAGUGAGUGUGGCAGCAGCAGAGGGUCUGGCAGUGGGCGGUGGGCAGUGGGGGCAGGAGCAGGGCCGGUGCUAGGGAGUAGAUUUAUGGCUGUGGGUGGUGGCGGGGAGGGGGGUGGCGGGGAGGGGGGUGGUGGGGAGAGGGGUGAUGGAGCAGUGGGGCGUGAUGGUGAGGGUGGGGGGAGGGGGAGAGGAGGUGAAGAGAAGGGGGAUGAGAGAGGGGGAGGAGGUGCGGUGCUGGACGAGCAGCGUGAUCGAGCCGAAGGGAAGGCAUCUCCAUUCAGGUGUUCAGCUUGUGGGUGUGGUGGGGCUGACACCCCGUCAUUGAAACAGCACUCCAGAAAGAGACGGCAGGUGGUGGACACGGUGUUUGUGCUGCUGUGCAAGAGACCGCCGCCCUCACCUGAAGCCCUGUGGCACGCGGGGUGGCUGCUGCGCCAGCUGCUGCCGCCCAGCCAUCGCCUGCAGUCAGCACAUAAGAAGCUGCUCACUCACGCAUAUGAGCUGGCACGUGGUGACCUGGUGGGGGAGUUAUUGGACUGCUGGUGUGACAUGCUGCCUGCUGCUAUGGUCGAGGAGUGGAAGGCAUGCCGGAAAGCACUGGAAUCAGCCACGCUGGCCAAUGACUCCUCUCUCGUCCUCAUGCCCAGCCUCCCGCCCCUCCUCACUGAUGGUGACUCGUCGUCAGCAGCGUUCGGCGAGAGAAUGCGCACCGUGGUCAAGGUGUACGUGGCGCUGCAUCAGAUGCGAGCCACGCUGCUAGGCCUGCCUCUCCCAGACGCCCCUCCUCUUGCCACAGCAGCCCCUCCCCUCCUUGAUGCUCGGUUCGGCCGCAAGGGACUCAAUCUGCCUCAGGCGCAGGAAGGCACCGAGGUGCCUCUAGAGCCUGGCGACGCCAUCCCAUGCCGAGUGGCGUUUGAGCGGGGCAAGGAGAAGCACGUGCUGCUGCUCGUGGCCUCCUGUGCGGCCAACGGCUGGGUGCUGCUGGCAGAGCCGCCUGCCGGCAUGACAGCCAAGGCUGCUGUGGCCGAAGGGGCUAUAGGAGUCGUCCGUGUCGUCGCUCCACUCGCAGGCUGCCAGCCUUCACUGGACCCGAAGCACAAGCGCUGGCUGCAUCUGCGCAUCCGCUCGCCCCAGGCCCCGGCCUCCGAUGCCGACUCUUCAUCGGUGAAGGGCCUGAAGUCGCUCAAUGGCGCGCGAUGCCAGUCACGCGUCGUCGCCAUGGCCACCAAGAAGAAGGUUAACACCUACCUUGACGACUGGAGGAAGGAGUUCAUCGGGUACGGUCUCUUCGUCGAGGAUUCCGAGUCCGCUCCCGUGAACAUCGUGCAGCAGUUGGAGAAGAAGAAGCUUCUAUCGCAAGUCGAGAAGGCCGGUCUGCUCUCGAAGCUCGAGUCAUCCGGUCUCACGCUCUCCAAAAUCGAGGAGCUCGGCCUUCUAUCCAAGGCCGAAUCUCUCGGUCUGCUCAGCCUUGCCGAGAAAUUCGCCACCACUCCCGCCGGUACCUUCGCCUCUGCGGCUCUCCCGCUCCUCGUCGCCGCCAUUGCCGUGCCGGUAUUUGUGCCUGACGACAGCACAGCUCUUGUGAUUGGCCAGCUCACAGUCGCUUCUCUCCUGGCUCUCGCUAGUGUCACGUCGUUCAUAUUGUCCCUCAUCCUCGGUCUCCUCCAAGAGUAG